UUUCUCCUACAGCUUUCUACUCAACUUCUAACAAAUUCUCCCAACUCCGCUAAGUGAAGAAAAAUGAAGAGAAGAGGCAAAAUAAUUCAAGUCAAUUCCAACACCUAAUCUUCGUAGCUAAGUCUUCUUCUUCAAAAUCUGAGUUCUAAUCGGUACUUGAAACUUGAUGAUGAAUUUAGCGAGUGCUAUGGCCUUGGGGGAUGCCUCGUCUUUGUGGAGUUUGAUACCGAAGCCGCUGCCGUUUGCCGUCUCGUUGAAGCUGGAACUCAGAGGAGGGAUUUUAGGAUUGCCGGCUUCCUCGAUGACUUGCUCUAUUGAAGCUGAGAGGCCGCCGAAUCGAACCACGGAGUUGCAGCCGGUUAUUGAUCAGUCUAAUGGGAAUAUUGUUCGGAAAUUGAAUAAGGAUGUCGCGUCCUUGGCUAAACCAUUAUCUGUGUCAAAUAUAUCAGCUUAUCCAAAUGAUGAUAGGAAGGUUCGAAUAUCAUUUAAGGGGUUGCCAGGUUCAUACAGUGAGGAUGCAGCACUUAAAGCAUACCCUAAUUGCGAAAGUGUUCCUUGUAAUGAGUUUGAAGAUGCAUUUAAGGCUGUUGAAUUAUGGAUGGCUGAUAAAGCUGUUCUUCCAAUCGAGAAUUCAUCAGGUGGGAGCAUCCAUCGCAACUAUGAUUUGCUCCUUCGACACAGGCUACAUAUUGUUGGUGAAGUGCAGUUAGCCACCAAUCUGUGCCUUCUAGCUCUGCCAGGUGUGAGAGCAGAACAGUUGAAACGUGUUCUUAGCCAUCCACAGGCACUUGCCUUGAGCGAUACUGCCUUGAAUAGGUUGGGCGUUGUCCGAGAAAAUGUUGAUGAUACAGCCGGUGCUGCUCAGUACGUAGCAUCAAACAAUCUCAGGGAUGCUGGAGUUGUUGCCGGUGCUCGGACUGCAGAAUUAUAUGGUCUAAACAUACUUGCAGAAGGAAUCCAGGAUGAUUUACGUAAUGUGACCCGUUAUCUGGUACUUGCAAGGGAACCAAUCAUUCCAAGAACUGAUAGACCCUAUAGAACGAGCAUUGUUUUUACUUUGGAUGAAGGGCCUGGAGUCUUGUUCAAAGUCUUGGCGUUGUUUGCUCUAAGAGAGAUAAAUUUGACAAAGAUUGAAAGUCGACCGCAGAGAAAUCGCCCCGUACGGGUAGUGGAUGACUCUAACAUGGGUACUGCUAAGUACUUUGACUACUUGUUCUACAUUGAUUUUGAAGCUUCUAUGGCUGAACCACGUGCGCAGCAUGCCUUGGGGCUUUUGCAGGAACAUGCAACAUUUCUUCGGGUACUUGGUUGCUAUCCCAUCGACAUAGCUAGCUAGUUAGCAGCUGCAUUCGGAGCAUCUAUGUUCUUCAAUUUCAGACCAUUGCCAGGCAGAGUGGUUAGGUCAUGUUCCAAAAUUGGCAUCUUCAAUUGGAGGUCAAAAUGGUAACUUCCUCCAACCUACUAGAUGUAAUGUGACCAUAGUGUCCGUCAAAUAAUAAGAAUGUUAAUAAUAGUAACAACAUACUCAAAGUAUUAUAUGUAGUCUUAAGGUCUACCCCGAGUAAUAUUUCUGCUUUGGUGGGUCUUUAUCCUUUGUAUUUUUCCAAAGUAUGUCAUUGUCUCACAGUUUUAAUUAAUUUGUAUUUAUGAAAUUUCAAGUCCAAAUAGUUUAUGUGCCAAACUUGUAAUCUUCUUUAGUUUGACUAUGUGGGGUAUAAAGAGUAUAUAUCAUAUUUACCUGAUUCGUGUGCUA